AUGAGAAAUGGAAACCAAGUUGAAUGCAAACGAACCAGUCUUAAUCUUGGUGACGUUUUUAUUCUGGAUCUCGGUUCGAAUGUUUAUGUGUGGAUGCCACCCGAAAGCGGGCGUCUUGAACGCAUCAAGGGUAUGGACCAAGCGAGAAACAUACGCGAUAUGCGAGGUGGUAAGGUACAAGUGCACGGUUUAGGUGAUGAUGUUUACAUUGUUUACGCAGAUUGGAAUACGAAUGAAGAAUUUUGGUCGCAAUUUGGUGGUGCCGGUAAUCUGAACGACAUAAAAUCAGCGAAAGCCGGGGGUGAUGAUGAGAAUCUGUGGCGUCCACAAGCUCGCAAAAUUGUUCUGUGGAGAGUAUCUGACGAAAGUGGAAAAAUGAAGAUUACAAAAGUUUCUGAAGGCAGCUUCAAGCGUCGUGAUCUAGAGUCAAAAGGUAAACCGGAAUGGACUGGAGUUGUACGUGUGUUGGAUGGACACGAGCCGGCGACUUUCACUCAGUGGGCGAGUGCUUGGGAGGAUGGUAAAACAAAGAGAAAAGAUUUGGAUGGUGAUGACGUGAUGAUUGUGGAUAAUUUCGAUGUGAUUUAUGUGUGGAUUGGUGCGAACGCGAACGCCAACGAGAAAAAAUUCGCUGGGCAAUUGGCUCAAAAAUACCUCGCAUCGGACACUUUGCCUCGUCCUCCGUCGGCCGUAAUCAAAACAUUACACCAAAACCGGGAAACCAGCGAAUUCAAGCGAUUAUUCCCGGACUGGGCAUAG